UAUCAAGAUGGAGAAGAAUGGUAUCCAGACCCUUGCACAACAUGCAAAUGCUUUUCUGGAAAUCCAGUAUGUGAAACAGAAAAAUGUCAAGAAAUUGAAUGUAAAACUCAUGAGUUCAUUCCAUUAGGAAAAUGCUGUCCUAUAUGUGCAGAUGAAGAAGAAGGAACUGGAGGUACAACUGAUGUACCAAGGCCACCAGAUCCAGGUCUUCCACGAGAACCUGUGAUACCUGUUGUAGGGGUUCCUGGAGAAAGGGGAACUCCUGGAGAACAAGGAUUUCCUGGAAGACCAGGAGAAAGGGGCCAACCUGGUGAGUCAGGCGCUCAUGGAAUACCAGGAAUGCCAGGUCCGCCAGGACCUCCUGGAGAUGUAAGUAUUUUUAACAUUUUUUGUUUGUUUAUUUUACAAUA